AUGAGUUGUCGCAUAUUGGUUGAUAUACCAUGUAAAGUUUGUCAAGAUCAUUCUUCAGGCAAACAUUAUGGUAUCUACGCUUGCGAUGGAUGUGCCGGUUUUUUCAAGCGUUCAAUUCGUCGAAACAGACAAUACAUUUGUAAAUCGCGUGGUCAAGGAAGCUGUCCUGUAGAUAAGACUCACAGAAAUCAGUGUCGUGCUUGCCGUUUGAAAAAAUGUGAAGAGGCGGGAAUGAACAAAGAUGCUGUUCAACACGAAAGAGGGCCACGCAAUUCCACAAUAAGACGGCAAGUGGCUAUGUAUUUAAAAGAAACGAGUGAAAUGGGUGGAAUUAUAGCACCUCAUCCAUUCCGUUCACCAUUUCUACCAGCAGCUUAUGUUGGAUAUGAACAAACUAUCAAUGAUGGUAUAACGGUUUCAGCCGUAGACCCAGCUCCUGUCUCACCUGGAAUGAUUAUGCAACCCGUUCCCAAGUAUCCUCACGAAAUGAUGCAAGCCUAUCUCAAUAAUCCCGAGGCUAUUUGUGAAGCGGCGGCCAGGUUACUUUUUAUGAGCGUCAAAUGGGCAAAGACAGUGCCAGCAUUCCUUAGUCUUCCUUUCCGCGACCAAGUCAUACUCGUGGAAGAAGCUUGGCGAGAACUAUUUGUUUUGGGAGCCGCCCAAUUUCAGAUACCUUUAGAGGCUGGCCCUCUCUUAACUGCUGCAGGUAUAAGCACAGAGCAAUCUCCACCAGAAAAAGUAGUUAGUGUUAUGACAGAAAUCCGGGCAUUACAAGAUGUUAUAACUAAAUUUAAAGCAAUACAAGUUGACCCAACAGAAUAUGCCUGUUUAAAGGGCAUUGUCUUAUUUAAAACAGUAUUUCCAAGUAGUACAACCGAAAUGAAAACUUUACGUGAAUUCCAUACGGUAGCAACAUUACAAGAUCAGGCCCAGUUAACCCUAAAUCAUUAUAUAAGAACUGCUUAUCCAUCUCAACCCUUUCGUUUCGGUAAAUUGUUACUCUUGUUACCAUCGUUACGUGCUGUGUCUGGACAAACAAUAGAAGAAAUAUUCUUUAGAAAGACAAUAGGAUCAAUACCGAUAGAACGGUUAUUAGUGGACAUGUUCAAAUCUAGUGAUUUUUAGAUUCUAAAAAACAUUAAUCCCGGACAUUUCCUAAUGUGUAAUCCUGUUCAAGUAAAACAAUUUAAGGGUAAACGUGUGAAUCGAGAAUGUGCUUUGUUUUUUUGUGCGAAGUGCAAAUGGUGACUAGAACUGGGCAAGGAUUAUAAUGCAAUUACUAAGCGGCAUUGGAUUGUCAACCGAAUCGAGGAAAUAAGAACAACGAUACAGUCAAUUGGCACUAAAGUUGUUGACAUAUUAUGGAUGCGCCAUCUUGCAUUAAAAUAUGGCGACUGUAAUGAAGCUGUCACAGUUUGAUAUAAGAUAUAUAUCAAUGUAUUAUAUUAUGUUUUAUUAUAUAUUUAUUACAUUUUAGCCGUUAUUGUUAUCAUAUUAAUUCAUUUUUUAAAAAAAUCUGAAACCUAUAUGUUGUUAUACAGUAAUUAUGGGUAUGGGAGGGGAUAUUCAAUUUUUAAUGAAUGUAGGUUUCGUGUUAUUAUUCAAAUUAUGUUACUUUCGUAAAAGUGCUAUUUAAUAUAAUAGGGUUUCUACAGUAAUUGUUUACAAACCAAACCUGCUUAAAUACAUAUAGACGCGGAUCCAUUUCUUUAUCAUUAAAAUCGCUUUCUUUAGAAAAUAAGGAUUUUUUGAUGCUCGUAAAAAGGAAAAUUUGAUCCGUGACUUAAAUUCACUUGUAGUUUUUCCUACAUAACGAGAUAGAUUUGCCCACUCGAACACUUAUAAACGAUAAAUAAACAAGCAUAGGCGAUAAGUACACUAUGUUCGUCGCAGUUGACAUAAGCUACUAUUACCUGAACACAUGGUUGGUUGAAUAAAAACAUCACUGAAAGACCUAGAAUCGAAAGCUAUGGUUCGUGACAGAAAUAGCGCGUCGAAUGCCAACAGUAACAUGGAGAAGUCAUCGAUGAUUAUCUGGAAACCUGAUUCUUUCCUGACUUUUGAGAAAAAAGUCAAAAAUUAUUUGUUGUUGGUCAAGAGGGAAUAUGAGCGUAGUGUGAUGGCAUGCACAAUCGACCAUAUUAAGAAGAUCGUGUAUCGUCAACUUGAUAACGUUGUACAAGGCCGAGUCGUUCGCGAUAGUAAUAUAUAGCUCUGACUUGAAGGACUUUUGAAAUGCUCAUCAAUACUGACUCUUGUGUGUUUUAAUCAGCCAUAUUCUUUAUCAAACGAUGGCGGUAUUGUUGGCUUUUCCUCUAUAAGAGGAUAUACCAUAACAAUCUGUUUGAUAUCAAUAUUGUUGUGGGUAAAAAAUCACCGACAUUGAAUGAUAGAUUUCAUUUUACUAACUAAAGAUUAAAAUCUUGAUCAAAUAAUAUACACAAACAUGGUUUUAUGUGUUCGCAGUCUAACAUUUAUAAUAUGACUCUUCACGUACUUGAUUUCCCCGCAAUGGCUUUAUUUUUUAUUUUUCGAGAGACAAUAUCAAAGACAAAUCAUAAAAAAAAUAUUUUUGAGUGAUCUAUCUCAACUUACUUACAUGUAUGUAAAAUUCCAUUUUAUAAUAGGUCAUUUAACUUCUAAAAAAAUAUUAAAGAUCUUAAUCUUUUUAAAACAUUAUUAAUGGACUGUUUUACUUCUGUACCAAGCAUUAACCUUUCUGUGUUCACUUUAUAAAAUGUUCUUUCGUUAUUCUAUUAUAGUGCUACUGAUAUUCCCGUUGUGUUAGUUAUAGACUGCUCUGAUUCCUUCGUGUGUUCAUUUCUACCUUAAUCCCUUUUUAAAAACUUCUUCCUUGUGUUCAUAUUGUUCUUAUGCCCUUAGCAAGAUCACUCAUCAAACAAAGCAGUAUACCUAAUAUUCAACUGUCUACAAACUGAUCAUCUUUUGUUUGAUUAACUAUUACUAACUUGAAAAUCGAAUUCUAACUCGUGUUAAUAACUCCGAUCACGAUAUUGUUUUUUAAAAUUAGUUUGAGAUUGACUGAUGAAUGAAGAAACCAUUGUUCAUUUGAAACCAUGCUUUACCGUUGUAGUUUGAAAAUGUAUCAUUCCUUUUCAUAUUUUG